AUGGAGCAAGCGGAAAUACCUUCAAUGGAUACGACUCAUCUCAAUAUUGGGUUUAGUCAGUUGCCACUGUUAUUUUCAUCCUUGCUGGAAUCGACUGGUAUGAGGACUGCUAGUAACAAUAGCCUACCAGGCUAUGGGUGGCUAGGAUGUUCACAUAAAGAUGGCUGGGCACCAUUAUCACCAUACUAUAGUGAUAUUUCUCCCUGUUUUUUACAGGGUAUAAUAUUUGGUAUUUCAUCUAUUUUAAUGAUUGGUGCUGGUACAUACCAGAUUGGUAUUUUAAGAAAUGUAAAAGUUAAUGUUGGUAAUAGAGUUUCGUGGUCCUUUUAUGCUAAGAUAAUAUUGGUAGCAUUGCAAUUUGUUUUCCAAAUUGGUCUUUUUAUAACGUAUCAUAAUAAGGAUGUUAUAGCUUUAUCUUUGGCUUUAAAUGGGGCUGCAAUUAUAGUUAGUUUUGGUUUGCAUUAUAUUGAACAAUUUAAAGCUACUAUACCAAAUGGGGUCUUACUCUUCUAUUGGUUAUUUCAAAUAGUCUUAAAUCUUGGAAAGAUUGUCAAUUUAAAUUUGAGGAAUAGUAUCAACAGUCAUUUUGCAAUUAUCACAAUUGUAUCCUGUGUUAAUGCUGGGUUUAUCUUGUUUUUGGAGAUAUAUUUCCCUGUACAACCAAGAAUUCCUUUCAAGACUGCUGUUAAGACUUCUCCAUAUGAUUCAGCUAAUGUCUUCUCUAAGAUUACAUUUAAUUGGAUGGGAUCAUUGAUGAGAAAGGGUUAUAUUCAGUUUUUAACUGAGCGUGAUUUGCCACCUUUACCUAAAAACUUGAAGUCCUCUACAACGUCGAAUAUAUUCAAUCAUUAUUGGAAUACGCAAACUAGUAGACCUUCAUUAGCGUGGGCACUUUCAAAAGCAUUUGGUGCUUCCUUUGUACUUGGAGGCGUCUUUAAAGGUUUGCAGGAUUGUUUGGCAUUCGUUCAGCCACAGUUAUUAAGAUUACUUAUCAAAUUUGUUAAUGAUUAUUCUGAGUCAUUGAAAAAAGAUGAUCCAAUUCCUUUGACGAAAGGUUUCAUGAUUGCAGGGUCUAUGUUCGUUGUUUCAGUUACUCAGACUGCUUGCUUACAUCAAUAUUUCCAAAGAGCUUUUGAUUUAGGUAUGAAAAUUAAGACUUCAUUGACUUCUGUCAUAUAUAACAAGUCAUUAGUUUUAUCGAAUGAAACAAAACAAGAAUCAAGCACUGGGGAUAUUGUUAACUUGAUGUCCGUUGAUGUUCAAAGAUUACAGGAUUUAGUUCAAAAUUUACAGAUUAUCUGGUCGGGUCCGUUUCAGAUUAUAUUGUGUUUAUUGUCUCUUCAUAGCUUAUUAGGGAAAGCCAUGUGGGCAGGUGUUGGUAUUAUGCUUAUAAUGAUUCCAUUAAAUGGUGUAAUUGCUAAGUACCAGAAGAAGCUCCAAAAGCGUCAAAUGAAAUACAAGGACGAAAGGUCGAGUUUGAUUAGUGAGAUAUUAAAUAAUAUUAAAUCUUUGAAAUUAUACGGUUGGGAACAUCCUUAUUUGGGUAAGUUGGGUCAUGUUAGAAAUGAGAAGGAAUUACGUAACUUGAAAACGAUGGGUAUCUUUGGAGCAGUUUCUGUUUUUACUUGGAAUUUGGCUCCCUUUUUGGUAAGUUGUUCAACAUUUGCUGUAUUCUUGUUAUUUGAGAAGAACAGAACGUUGCUGACUGAUAUCGUUUUUCCUGCGUUAGCAUUGUUCAAUCUUUUAUCUUUCCCAUUGUCGGUUGUUCCAAUGGUUAUCACAAAUGUAGUUGAAGCACAAGUAGCACUUUCAAGAUUAACAAAGUUCUUAACUAGUUCUGAAAUACAAACUGAUGCUGUUAUAAAAGCUCCGAGGGUUAAUAGACUAGGCGAAGUCGCAGUUUCAGUUAAGGGUGGAACAUUUUUGUGGUCUAAGAAUAAAAAUGACGACAGUUAUAAGGUUGCCUUAUCGCAAAUUAAUUUUGAAUCUAAAAAGGGUAACUUAGAUUGUAUUGUUGGUAAGGUUGGUUCUGGAAAAUCUUCCUUGAUUCAAGCGUUUCUUGGUGAUUUAUAUAAGUUAGAUGGUGAGGUAAGACUUCAUGGGAAAGUUGCCUAUGUAUCUCAGGUUCCUUGGAUUGUCAAUGGAACUGUAAAGGAAAAUAUUUUAUUUGGACAUAAAUAUGAUGCUGAAUUCUAUCAACAUGUUUUAAAAGCUUGUGCAUUAACUGUUGAUUUAAGUAUAUUACCUAAAGGUGAUAAGACAGAAGUAGGUGAAAAGGGUAUUUCAUUAUCUGGUGGUCAAAAGGCAAGACUUUCUUUAGCCAGAGCUGUAUAUGCUAGAGCUGAUGUUUACUUAUUGGAUGAUCCAUUAAGUGCUGUUGAUGAACAUGUUGGAAGACAUUUAAUUGAUCAUGUAAUUGGCCCUCUGGGUUUAUUAAAAUCAAAAUGUAAGGUAUUAGCAACCAAUUCCAUCGGUGUAUUGAGUAUUGCGAAUAAUAUUCAUAUGGUUAGUAAUGGUAAAAUUGUGGAGCAUGGUACAUAUGAUGAAAUCAUGAAACAAGAUUCCAGCCUUUUGCGUCAAUUGAUAAAAGAUUUCGGUAAGAAGAAAGAAGAGUUGUCUAAUGAACAAGAUUCAGAAAUUGAAGAUAAAAUAAAUUUGGAAAAUUUGGAAUCUGAUUCUGAUUUUGAUGUAGACAGUUUAAGGAGGGCAUCAGAUGCAUCCUUAAUCCCAGAUGACGAAGAUGAUGUUGAAGUAGAAGAAGAUGAUGAUACUAAGGGAAGAAAAGAACACCUUGAGCAAGGGAAAGUCAAAUGGAACGUUUACUUGCAGUAUGCAAAGGCUUGUAAUCCUAGCAGCGUAAUAAUAUUCUUAGCAUCAACUGUAUUGAGUAUGCUUGUAUCUGUUGGUGCUAACGUUUGGUUAAAACAUUGGUCCGAAAUAAACAGUAGACAUGGUUAUAACCCAGAUAUCAUGAAAUAUUUGGGAAUUUAUUUCUUAUUGGGAAUUGGUAGUUCUUCCUUAGUUUUGCUUCAGACGUGUAUUAUGUGGAUUUGGUGUACAAUUCAAGGUUCUAAAAAGUUACAUAAUGAUAUGGCAAUAAGCGUAUUGAGGGCUCCAAUGUCAUUUUUUGAAACUACUCCAAUUGGAAGAAUAUUGAAUAGAUUUUCCAAUGAUAUCUAUAAAGUUGACGAAGUUCUUGGUAGGGUAUUUGGUAUGUUUUUCAGUAAUUCUACUAAAGUUUUGUUUACUAUCAUUGUUAUUUGCUUUUCCACGUGGCAAUUUGUUUUCCUUAUCCUACCACUUGGUUUUUUGUAUGUCUACUAUCAGCAAUAUUAUUUGAAGACAUCUAGAGAAUUGAGAAGAUUGGAUUCUGUCUCGAGGUCACCAAUAUUCGCAAACUUUCAAGAAUCUCUUACUGGUGUGUCCCUUAUUAGGGCUUAUGGUCAGGAAGAUAGAUUCAAGUUCAUGAAUGAAAGUAGAGUGGAUAGAAACAUGAGCGCAUUCCAUCCUGCCAUUAAUGCUAAUAGAUGGUUAGCUGUUAGGUUGGAAUUUUUAGGAUCAAUAAUUAUUUUAGGUGCUGCUGGGUUAUCUAUUUUAACUUUGAGGUCAGGUCAUUUAUCGGCUGGUUUGGUUGGUUUGUCUGUAUCUUAUGCAUUGCAGGUCACUCAAUCCCUUAACUGGAUUGUUAGAAUGACAGUUGAAGUCGAAACAAAUAUUGUAUCGGUUGAGAGAAUCUUAGAAUAUUCUGAAUUAACACCAGAAGCACCCGAAGUUAUUGAAGAAAAUAGACCAAGUAAAACUUGGCCAGAAUUUGGUAAAAUCACAUUUAAUAAUUACUCAACAAAAUAUAGGCCUGAAUUAGAUUUAGUGUUGAAAAACAUCAACUUGACUAUUAAUUCAAGAGAAAAAGUUGGUAUUGUCGGGAGAACUGGAGCUGGUAAGUCGUCAUUGACUUUGGCGUUAUUUAGAAUUAUCGAAAGUUUUCAAGGAAACAUUGACAUUGACAACAUUGAUACGAGUUCCAUCGGAUUAAGUGAUUUGAGACACAAAUUAUCUAUAAUUCCGCAAGAUUCUCAAGUGUUUGAAGGAACCAUUAGAUCAAAUUUGGAUCCUACGGGAGUUUUUUCUUCAGACCAAAUUUGGAAGGCAUUGGAGUUGUCACAUUUGAAAGACCACGUAUUAAAGAUGUUCGAAGAAAAUGACAAUGAAGAAGUAACAAAUGCAUUAGACGUGAAGAUAUCCGAAGGUGGAUCUAACUUAUCUGUUGGACAGAGACAAUUGAUGUGCCUUGCAAGAGCUUUACUAAUCCCAUCUCAUAUAUUAGUUUUAGAUGAAGCUACCGCGGCUGUUGAUGUUGAAACCGACCUUGUUUUACAAGAAACUAUUAGAAGAGAAUUUAAGGAUAGAACUAUUAUGACUAUUGCGCAUAGAUUGAAUACAAUUAUGGAUUCCGAUAGAAUUAUCGUUCUCGAAAACGGUGAAGUUGCCGAAUUUGAUACACCUGCUAACUUAUUGAAGAAUAAGCAAUCGUUAUUCUUCGCCUUAUGUAAACAGGGUGGUAUAUCUGAGGAUUAA